GAAGGGGGUGACGUCAGUGUACUCCGCUCACAGCAGAUUCAGGUUACAUUAUAUUACCGUGUGCGCGCGUCCGCAUCCGCGUGCGCGUGUUCUUGAAUGUCGCGCAUCCGUGGAUGGUGGCUGGAGGAGGAAAAGCGUGUUUACUCAGACGGGCCGAGUGCCUAAGGAAUAGCGUGCGGCGAGAGGAAGUGAGCCGGCUCACUGUCUGCCUGCACCAACUUCCUGCUCAGAGAGAGAGAGAGAGAGAGAGAGAGAGAGAGAGAGAGAGAGAGAGACCGAGAGAGAGAAAACAGUCGGGAUCCCAUUACAGUCCGACUGCGAUCUGCCGAGACAGCCGACAGCAUGGAAAAACAGCGCAUUAUACGGAAUUCUUUUUAGAAAAGUGAAAAAGGAACCAAAAAACGCCCGACCAAUACGCACAGAUAUGGAGAGUGCUAUCACGCUGUGGCAGUUUCUGCUGCAGUUGCUGUUGGACCAAAGCCACAAGCACCUGAUUUGCUGGACGUCCAAUGAUGGCGAGUUUAAGCUACUCAAGUCUGAAGAAGUGGCCAAACUCUGGGGACUGCGCAAGAACAAGACCAACAUGAACUACGACAAACUAAGCCGAGCACUACGCUACUAUUACGACAAGAAUAUCAUCAAGAAAGUGAUUGGUCAGAAGUUUGUUUAUAAGUUUGUCUCGUUCCCUGACAUUUUGAAGAUGGAUCCUCAAGCAGUCGAGCUCGGUCGGGAUGGGGGCCACAUCUUGGGAGGCGUCAUGUUGCAGGAGGUGGAUUCUGAUUGUGGUGAAGGGGAGGAGUCUCCGAAGCUGUCCCUGUCAUCCCUGAGAAGCCCCGCCUGUAGGAACGAGUAUCUUCACUCAGGUCUAUACUCAUCAUUCACAGUCAGCUCCCUCCAAAGCCCACCUCCUCUGCUACGUCCAAUCAAAGUCGAGAAACAGCAAAGGGGUGAGCGAGGGGAAGAGGGACCAACAGUGAUACGGUUUGUCACAAAUCGGUCAGAGAAGGUGGUACCCUGCUCACCACCACCCACCUCUGCGGAGGUCUUCUUUACAUCGAAACCCUCCCCCUGCUCCUCUUGUAGCCCCUCCCCCUCUCAUAGUCCCACAUAUACGCUGCGGCCGGGGCGAAGCCAAGAGGCUCACAUAGACGAAUCAGAGCAGAGCACUCAGCCUCUGAACUUAUCAUCCGGCCACAGGGAGCGAGCCCAGAAUCAGGCCACGCCCCCUGAGAGGAGGACCAGUAGCAAUGGACUUCCUCCCAAAGCCCGGAAACCCAAAGGGCUGGAAAUCUCCACCCCUUCCAUACUGCUUUCAGGAAGUGACUUGGGCUCUAUUGCCCUAAACAGCCCAGCACUGCCCUCAGGGUCACUUACACCAGCCUUCUUCACUGCACAGACUCCCUCUGGUUUGCUGUUGACGCCCAGUCCUCUCCUGUCCUCCAUUCAUUUCUGGAGCAGCCUGAGCCCUGUAGCCCCUCUCAGUCCAGCGAGACUACAGGGCCACGGUUCACUCUUUCAGUCUUCAUGUGAGCGAGAGGGGAAAUCCUGUGGAUACUUCCUGUUCUGGCCCGGGGGAGAGUGUGUUGCAAGUUCCCAUCCCUGCUAAACGGACCACUUCCCGUGCCACUCCCCAACCUGGACUCGUCUUCAUCAUCCUCUUCUCUUCUCCUGUCCUCCAGCGCCCAGAAAUCUUGAUUUCUGGACAGUUCAUUCUAUAUUUCCUCAGUUAUACCUAUACCUUCACACUAAGGUAGAAGGAAAUAUGGACCUUCAAGUCAUGUUGAGCCAGACUGCACUUCGCCCCCUUCUGUUGAAUUUAGAAACGGACCAGCAAACUGUAUUUUUACUGUUAAACUCAGGCUGCAAUCCAAACAUUUCACCAGUCUCCUCCCUCAAGCUCUUUAAUUGGGUAAUUAUUAUGAAAUAAGGCCAAAGAAUAUGAAGUGUCCUUCUGAGGAGAUGGUGAGUCACUGGAAAUGCAGUCCAAGAAUUUUUAGCCUCAUUUUAUUGGAAAACAUGUCUGAGACUUGCCUUUUUGGCAGGUUAUUUUCAGUGUCUCUAGGACAAUGACAAUGGCAGCUAGAGACAACUGCAAUGCUGGACCAUUCUCAAUUGUGAUCAAUGCAAAAACGUUUAAACCACAGUGCCCGUACCUUCAACACUGAACUCUCUCCAUAUCCUCCAAAUACAGCCCAAAAAUCCUUCAAGCAAAACCUCUGAUGAGUUCCCAACAGUUCUCCAUUAAUGACAACCAAGGUGCUCCAACUUGAAUGUUCUGCUUAUUUUUGACCAGCUCAGUAACACUUGGAGUUCUUAUUACAAAGAGAAGUUUAAACAAUGUUAUAGGAAUAUUAUUAGCAUUUUUUAAAGGAACGUUUUGGGUUCAGUACAAGUUAAGCUCUAUCGACCCCUUACAAAAAUUGAGAGUUCUGGCAAACCCCUGUGGCAAACUUGCUGCAAAUUUUCCACUCAUUAUUUUCUCAUGCAAAUGAGCUUUGCGGCAAACACUUCAUUGUUGACACAGAGUUUGCCAGUAGCACCAUGUGUCCAUUGUUUCCAAAGGUUUGCUGCAGGUUCACCACUACUGGUGAAGAGCAGCAAAUUGUAGCUCAUUUGCAUGUGAAAAUAAUGAGUGCAGCAAGAAAUCUAGAUUUUUGUUAGGGAUAAUGUUUAUUACAACAGAAAAUAAUUUUGACCCUCAAAAAAUAAAAUAAAAUAAAUACUUCGAUUUCAGUAAUGCACUUACAAUGAAAGUAAAAAGGGCAAAGGGCCAGUGUUCCGGAGAGUUUAAAUGCAAAAAUUAGCAUUUCGUAUUUUUGUUUAAGCACUUACAUGAAUCGUUCAGUAAAACCCUGUUUACUGUUGAGAUUUAAAGUUGUUGGGACUACUUUUCUAGGUGGAUGAACUUCUAAUUAUGUGUAACCAACAUCAUUUCUGUGGGCGUAGUUUAUGAUGCCCUUUGUUGUAUGCUUGCGUUUAUCUACACGUUACCGACUCUGGCGGCGUUACAUUGUCAUCACAAUGAAGUUAAAAAAUUGGAUAUAACUUUAUGCUGACAAGGUCAGCAAGUGAUUAUAUCACAGUAGUGGCUCACGUUGAACUUAUAUUGCAAAUGCCUUACAAUGACCACAAUUUUUGCUUUAAAAACUGAGGAAGAGAAAUAAUUUUCUGUGUUAACUGACAUUAUAUAAAUGUUGUCGACAGAGCUUAAAUUGUAUUGAAUCCGUAACAUUCAAUUUAGUCUCUCAUUUUUUUUUAUUAUUUUUUUUUUUUGUAAUAUUUGAGGCUGUGAACCGGGUUUCUAUUUGUUUGUUUGUGUGGUAUUGUAUUGUAUAUUGCAUUUUGUAUGCACUGUGCUUCAAUUGUACUACCGGCUGUGCCUUUUUUUUUAUAAGAAUUGUGUAUUUGUAUUAUUUUCUUGCUUAUAAACUUUUUUUUUUUUUUUUUUUUGGUAAUAGACGAAAUUCCAUUUCAAUAGUGGAAAGAAAAGCUUUGUAAUAGCUUACGGUCAUAUUUUUUUUUUUUAAUUAUUAUUAUUUAGGAUUUGAUUAAAAAUGUAUUCUGGUAUUAAUUUUAUAUUUUUUGCUUUCCAAGAGUCAAGACAAUGUGCCUUGUGUUUUUAAAAUAAAAGAAGCAUUGAAUGCGACUCAACGUCUAGCCAUGUGAAAAUAAUAAACACCUCAUAUUUCUAAGAGAAACACUUUAAACACAAACAUGCACACAACAAAAAUUUAUAACAAUGGACAGAGCGUUCUCUGUAUGAAACAGACCAUGUUUACUUUACUGAUUAAGAGAAAUAAAUAUCUCCAGUACAAAGAGUUUAACUGUCAAUUCAGCCAACAGCUGGGACUGAGAUUGUCAGUUUCAAGAGGCGGAGCUUACAGGACAACACGCGUCACGUACACACACACGCACGCACGCAAGCUCUCUCUCUCUCUCUCUCUCUUUCACACACACACACACACACACACACACACACACACACACACACACACACACACAUCUCCAGAAACAA